CUCAAAGGUAGGAUUCAAGGAGAGCGGGGCCAGGGAUUGGGUCAUUCUCCAGGGAUCGGUAUCAGUAGGAUUGUGGCCCUUUGGAAACUGGAAGGGACUCAGAAUUAGGGUUCAACAUCUAGUUUCCACCUUCUUAUUACAGAAAACAGGCCCAGAGGAAGUGAUAUUUGUUCUUCUUUGGAUGGGCAGAAGGUUCCAGGGCCCUGUGAUUGGUCUAAGGGACAGAUUUAUUUUUUUCAGACAGGUCAUGUAUGUCAUAUGCCCUUAACUAGGCAUAAGUUCCUUCCUGAAUAAUGAACCAACAUGUCUAGUAUUUCUCCUGUUGCUGAGAGUUGCUUUGAGAUCUAAUGGAGAGGCUGGAAAAAGACUUGUCUGCAUCAACUGCCUUGGCCUCCUCCUCCCUUCAUCACCCACUUCUCAGGCGGUUCUCUACUGUAAGAGAGCCAGCUAGCAGGUUUCUCCCUCAAAAGGGCUCAGGACUAUCAGCCUUACCUCCACCUGGCUUGCUGCCAGGGUUCUGAUGUCUCUAUUGGCUGCCCCAUCCUUUUAAACUGACUGGCUUUGUGACCUCAUUCUCCCACCAAACCCGUUGCCCACCUGGUGGAAUCUUUGGGGUUUCCAUGGAGCUGCCUGUAAAUAAACUUGGACCAUCGCAAGUGACCAGUCACAUUCAUACUGGACACAUGCUCUCUCUGACUUCAGUCACCUGGACAACUACGGGAGUCAUUUCUUCAUACCAAGUGACCUUUGUUGAUGUUUUCUCUUCUAUAAUCAUGGCAGAAAACUUCCAAAACCCAUCCAUGCUUGGGACCCCCAAUCCUCUGCACCUAUCCUUCCCAGUGGUGAACAGCAGUACCUCCUUGACUGGCAACCUCUGCAACUUCUCCAGGGUGUCUACCCCAGCCAUUGGCUCAGCAUGGCUUCUGCCCUCAGCCUCUGGCAUGCCUUUCUCUCCACUCAUGGGCAGCACCUACCUCUACCAGCACUCUAGCACCACCAUCUUGUCUGGAGUCCCUGGGCAGGGCCAGAUUUCCACACCAGCAACUUCCUCCUACCCAGGCAUCUAUGAGUGGGACUGUUCUGGGAGUAGCGGGGAGAAGCCAUCCCUUGGAGACUUCACUGUGACAGUCAUCGGCCAGGACACGCCAACCUCCUCAAUGCCAGCACCGACCCAGUAUGAGAAAGCUGCAGAUGCCAACACCGUGGUGCCUCUCUACCCACAGCUGUCGGCCAGCCUUGUGCAGCAAGGGGCUUCCCCACAAAUGCCAAGUCAGGGGCCCAACAAUGUGUCUGUCCCUUACCAGAAUGGAAACCAGGUUUAUUACUACAAUCAAGGAACCCUGGGGCCCCUCCUAGCGGGUGAGCUCAGCCCCUGUGUGCAGUCCUAUGGCUCUGUGUCUUACAAGGGAGGUAGGACUCCUUCCGUGCCAGUGGCAUCUCAGCCAGAGAUGGUGAUGGUGCUCAAGGAGGUCCAGCCCCCGGGGUCUCGGCCGCCUGUCUCCACUUCAGGCCUGUACUACCCUGUCCGUGCCCAGCCAGUCAAAGACUCAGGCUUCCAAGUGAUGGAGACUUCUCUUGGGCUGCAGCCUACUGCCCGAACAUUCUCUUUGCCACAAACGCUGGAACUAUCCAAGUCUUGGGGUGGCAAUGGAAGCAACCUCCAGAUGCUUGAGGGUACUCCACCAGCAGAGGUUGCUGGGGACGGCUCCCUGGCUACCCCGACACAGAAUUCAGGCAACCUCCUUGCUCUGCCUCCUGCUCCCAACAUUGAGCACAAAGAUAAGAAGGCUGUGACAUGUCUCGAGAAGGAAAAAUGGAAAGUGGAGGGGAUAAAGGCCAAGUUCUCCCAGACCCUGGACACCUGCCAGGUCCCUCUGGAAAUCCAGGAUCCCCCACUCCUUCCCUUGGAAAUCCCUGACAUUAACCAGCUUCUGGCUUGCAUCGACCCACUGUGCCCUGAUACUCUGAAGGAAGGGACUAGUCCAAGGGAAUCCCAUCUGGCCAAGAACGGCCUGAGCCUUGGCGACCAAGAAGUAUUAGAGAAUGGGAUGGAGCCCAUUCCUAGUCUUACCGACAUCAACAAAUUGGUGGAAGACUUCCGCCUUCCCCGUCUCCUCUCUCCCUUGAAGGAGGUUGAGCAGCCCAAGGGGCUCAGAGUCGCCAAACCCAAAGUGGUCAAAACGGCCAAAGUGGUCCGGAUGCAGGGAAAGCCGUGCACAGGGAAGGAGCCCUCGGAUCCAGCCAAGAAGACUAAACGGAAGAUCCCCGAGCUGAUGGCCACUCUGCCCGCAGCCAAGGCCUUGCCCAGAAACCCGGACUGCCUGCUUGCUGGCGACAUGGCGGCUGUCUCUGGCUCUGGGGCCAGUGAGCUGUCUCCCUUGGAUGUGGCCAAGUCGGCCAGCAGCAAGUCCCGCAAAGCCCCGAGCAGCCGAGCCAGCAAGACCAAAGGCUCCAGCCAAGAGAAAAUGGAGGGAACUGGAGACACCGGCUAUGAGAAAGUGGAAGGCAACGAGCUGCCUGGGGGCCGAGCUAAGCCGGAGGAGAAGCCAGCCCUCCCCAAGAUGAAGCGCAAGAAGAACCACCCGGAGCUCAGCCAAGAGGCCUUUAAGAAGCCCCGGAGCUUCCUGGGCAUGCACAUGCUGGAGUCCGUGCAGGUGUUCCAUGCCCUGGGAAAGAAGAACGACAAGAUGAGCGGCCCCGUCCAGGUCCCCCAGCCAACUCCAGGGAUCAAACAGUGGUUGGAAACACCGGCGGAAGGCCAAGGCCCCAUGAAAAGCCAGGCCGGGCUCCUGGCGGCGGCCAAGGCCAAAGUUCGGAAGCCAGACGGCAGCGUGGAGAACCAGUGUCCAUCGCCCUCCCACACCAAGCCCCCGCCGCCAGGGAAGGUCAAGUUGGUGCCGCUGCCCUUUCCGACCUUAGACAGGCCUUUGACUCGGCCCAUUCCUCGGAAGCCGCAGCCCUUGGCUCCCCACCGGCUUUCUACCGCCAACCCUGCCCGCUUGGGCAACCCAGCCCAGCCUGGCCCCUCCAACCCCGCCAGGCCCGUGUCGGCGGUGCCCCCUCAGGCUGCCCCUCCUCGGCCCAUGCUGCUGAAAUCGGCCCCCUGCCCUUCUCCCCAGAUGCAGCCGUGCCUCCCCAGCCACCUGGUGCUGUCCAUCUCCCCAGAGGCGGCCGCCACCAGCUCGGCCAAGCAGGCCGUGGUGGUCAUGACCCAGCCGCAGCCCCCGGCCCAGUUCCAGCCUCAAGAUUUCUGUUUCCAGCCGAUCCCCUGGAGGAAGCCCAACGUCCCCGAGCCCGUGAUGUCCAAGCCCAUCACCAAAGAGCAGAGGCCCGAGCGGGAGGCCAUGAAGAGGCAGGCCCAGCGGGAGCGAGAGAACGCCGCCAAGUACACGUCCCUGGGCAAGCUGCAGUUUUUCAUUGAGCGGGAAAAGGACUUGGAAAUUGCAAGGCGCUAUGGAUACAUGAUCUGAUCAGAACAGCUAGGACUCUUGGGCAGUCCAGGCACCAGAUGUUUGUACAUAUAUAUAGAUACACAUGUCCCUAUUUAUUCUGAUACUUCAAUAAACCGUUAAUAGAGCUGUUCUGGUCAGGGACAAGAUGGAUGAGCAAUGAAAA